UGCGCAUCGGUGCCCAGAAAAAAUAAUUAUUCGGCACCGGUGCGCAUCGGUGCCCGGAAAAAAAAUUAUUCGGCACCGGUGCGCACCCGUGCACAACCAGUGCCGAUAAAAUAUUUUUUUGUAGGGAGUUCAAUUAACUGUUUUAGAAAACCCUUUUGAUCCUUUGCUCUAACUGGAAAAUCUUUUGCUGCUUGAAAAAACAAAAACGAUGUUUUCCCAAACCAAAUGCGUUUAGGAAAAACCCUUCUGGUUUUUACCAAAGCUAGAAAACCCUUCGACUCUUUGCAAAAAAACACAUUUUAAUCUUCUAGUCAAACAGAAAAACCCUUUUGGUUUUUAAAUAUGCUUUUUUCCGUUUAGGGUGAUAAAAAAGUCCUUACUUGCCCAUGACUUUCACAAAGUACUUCUUAGCAAUAAAAGCAAGUAUUUUUAUCAUUGAGAAGUACUUCUGAAAGCACAUGGCAAGUAAGAAAUUUUGAAAACACUUGCCAAUUUUUCCAAGUACUUACUAAGUAUUUGCAUCAAGUACGUUCUCUAGGGUAGGUUUAGGUUACGAUUUCUAUAGGUUAGGUUGUAGGUUACACCAUCGAUAACCUAUUUCUAAUAUUAACGAAAAAAAGCGAUUUUGAACGACCACAUUGAAACAGCCAACACUUUGAGUGAUAAAGCGUAGUCCGAGUGGAAUUUUAUCGAUUGAGAAUGAAGUUCAGGCUGAGGUUCUCUAGUUUAAACUGAAAAAUAGCACAAUCAAAAAGAAAGUACAGAGAAAAAGGUUCCGUUUGCUAAAAAUAGAUGGUAAAUACACAACAAUAACAGAAUCUUCAUAGCAUCGAGAGCCUAAAGUGGAAUUCUGGUCUACUCUUAAGAGGUUCUCCCUAUUCAGAAAGCUAUUUCCCAAAGAUUGCAUUAAAGAAUAAAAGACUCAACCGAUUCAUUUCUAUAUUCAUGUAAAAUGUGAUUUAUUUUGUAUAAGCUUACCUUUCAGACGAUGUUUAGAUAAAAAACAAUAACAAUAUGGAACAAAGCUGAAGUUUAGGCUUCUGAAACCAGAUUUUGGAAAAAAAUUGCAAAAGGUUGUAAUAGGUUAAUCUAGGUUAGGUUACGAAAAACAUUAACAGGUUAGGUUAGGUUUAGGUUGUGAAAAUUUUUAUAGGUUAAGUUAUAGGUUGUGAAAAAGUCGUAACCUGCAGAGCUCUAGUGUGGACACAUAAAGGUAUGUACAUUUACCGUUUUUACGCUCGCACGCAAAGUAUGGACACACAGACGUACGGCUAUUUAAUUUCGUAUGACCCUAGACUUUACAGUCAGGGGAAUAAAUUUUAAUUUUAUCAAAAUUUCAAUAAAACGCAUAUAUCUCCUUGAGAACACGUUUCCGCCUUGUAGAGCGCUGAGAUGCGGGUAAAAUUUAAAAUUCUGAGUAUAUACGGAAAUUUGAGCAUAUGUUUUAGGAGCCGCCUUAUGCCGAUUUCAGAAUAUUCAUAAGAUGGAAUCAAUUUUUUAUACAAGCACAUGAUAUCAUAGGAUGGAAAAUGUAGUCUUGAAUUUAAGACUGAAAACUUAAAUCGCACGUAUAUUCGCUUAAUAACAAAGAGAAAUUGCUCGCAAGACUGCAUAAGCCACUGUAUUCGUCAGUAUACGAAGGAUCCGCGUUGAAAUCAGCUACUAGCAGCAAAUGAUCGUAUUUCGAUUACUUAAGCCAUUGACGCAUUUUUCGAAUAAUUCAGGCAUUUAACGAUACGAUUCGACGAAAACGACUUUUUCGUUAUUUUGUGGGGUUUUGUCUGAGAUGUCAUAUGUCAUUGUUGUCAGAGACUUUCAAAAAGUAAACAAAUCACCAACUUUAGUCUUUUCGUAAUACGAUUUAAGUCUCUGAACUUAAGUCGGCCUUACACUUAUCGACUUAAAUCACGGCUUAAGUCGAUGACUUAAGUUUUUUCGUAAUACGACCCCCAGAAAAGUAUGCUUCAACUCACUGUAUUCUGGAUCCUUAUUUUCGCCUAAAAAAAGAAGAGAAGACAUCAUCAAACAUUUUUUCCUACUAUAUAGCUCCGAUUCAGCCUACAAUCAAAAGACUAUUGCUGCAGAAUGCUCGAAUUUAGGUUGAGCUUGUUGAGUUAGUCCUUUUACAUUUUUCUUAGAAUCGCACUCUGUGUAAAUACCUUUGAGAUAUAAGUUUUGACAUCGCAUAGGUAAGAGUAUUUAUAUUUAAUGGAUAUUCAUUCAUCGGGAUUAAUCCUAAUCAAUUUAAGGGUGGUGAAUAAUUAUAUGCUGAGGCUAUCUGAAUUUCUUCUAUUCUAUAAGUCAAAUCUAUCAACCAAAGAGACUUUUUUUGAGAAUUUAUUUAAUAACAUAGAUAAAUUAUAGAGUGACGUCAUUCAUUUAGCUAUGAGUCAUGGUGAAUGUGGCAAUUAUUAUUCAUCCGAUUUCGCAUUUUAACUCGCUUCAAAUCUUCCAUUAGACUAACAAAUAGUAAUUGGACUAAAAGUUAAAAGUCUGCGCUUAGUUCCAGUAAAUCCUGCGCUACCUUUAACUUUCUUCUUGGUGCUUGUUACUUUCAUCACAAAAAGAAAUGCCCAAAUUGAUUUUUGAUAUUCAGUCCUGCGCUUCUGUCUUUCUCAUCCAAUUCUCUUCAUGUACAUAGUGGGAAUUUUCCGCAUGAAAAGCAUAUUUCAAUAGUUUAUAGUUUGCAGUGUACUUUUUGUUUAAUACACUGGUUGGAUAUAUGCAGGUAUGGAUAUUUCUCUUACUCUACUGCGUUAUAUACAGUUCAUAAAUUCCGCUAUUUGAUUCAGUGUUUUAUCUAGGUUUCGUUUUCCGAGUGGGCGGUUGAAAGUUUCGAAGGGGCUGUUGCAUAAAAAAAUUUUGCUAAAGCGAAAUCAGCUGUUUACUUUCGGGUGAGAGAAUCGAAAUUUCGGGCAGACGCCGCCCAUCCGGUCCACCCACUAGAUAAAUCACUGAUUUGAUUCUGUCUCGUUAAUAUGUUUACAAAUGCAACUCGACUUAGAACGUUUUAUUUUAUGAAGUUUAAAACGUGAUACAAGAGUCUCAAUCAAAAGCAUCUAAACAGACAGACUAAUUUUUUAAUGCAGCUUUUAAACAUGCAUUCUUUUUCCAUAACGUUUGUGUCAUUAUAUUCUUUUUUUAUUUAGACAUUCAGUUUUUUAACUGUAUAUAUUGGCAAUGUCGUUAAUAGUUCAUCCAGUCGAUUCCUUAUAUCCUCUUGUUCUUGAACAAGGUAGUGGUGAUUCGUUAACGACUGCUGCCUGUUUACAAUCUUUAUCAUCUUCCGAACCAUUAACAUCAGUGACAAAUAAGAAAUACGAACAAUCAGCAUCAAUUAAUAUUACUCCGGUUAUAGAUGGUUCUCAAAAAAAUAUUACUCCCCCACCAAUAUCAAACAUUAAAAAAGAACCAUAUUUAAUUCCGUUAUUGGCUAAUGAUAUAAUCGAUAUUUUUCAUAGAGUUUCAUCAAAAUUUUUGGCCGGUGGUAGUUAUGAACCUGCUGAAGAUGAUUACAAUUGUACAAUAUUGACUCUCCAUUUUUUUGUCGAUUAUAUUGAUAAAGAUACAGCAUUUCAAUGGUUAGUGUGUCCAAAUGUUCCGUUAACAGUCAAAAUUCGUGUACAUAAUCGGUUAUAUUUAGAUGAAAAAGUUGAACUUGUCCGAGUCUUUCAAAAAUGUGAGUGUCAUCCCUCAUUUGAUAUCAAAGUACCAUUUAUUGAAAGAAUAAUUCGUGAUUUUUUGACAAAAUCAGGAGUUACUAUGCAAAUGUUGAAAUUAUGUCGUUCAAUCAAUGAUCCAAAACAACGUGCAGAAUUAUUUCUUAAUAUCAUUGAUAAAAAUAAGAAGAAAUGUGUCAAAGAUUUAAUUGAUGAUUCUCAAAAUGAUGAAGAGACAUUAGAUUCAUUACUAGAUUGUUUGGUUGAACAAGAAAUUUUAGAUUGUGGAUCGAAAAAAGGUCAAUUAUUAAAAUAUUUAAAAAAAUCUAAAGAAAGAACAAGUGCACAUUAUGAAUUAUCCGAUCAAAAAUAUUUACCAUAUUUAACAUAUGGAUUUCUUGUUCAAUUUUGUUUGUACAUGGAAUAUCGUUUAAGAAAUUUAAAUUAUAUUUGUGUUAUUUGUGGUAAAAGAACGUUUGAUAAUGACAAAAAGAUUGGAAAACCAACAAUAUGUGAUGAACUAUCCUGUUUUACUAAAGCCAUGGACUCCGAAUUUCGUGUGGAUCCACUUCCACCAAGUAUCUUUUCAAUUGAAAUAGCCGAUUUUCUGAUAUUAUUAGUUCGCGCAGCAGCUAUUUCCACACGAUACAAUAUUACAUUGGAUCCAUAUCCAUGCGUGGUUAGCCCGUGCAAUUCAGAGCAAAUACUUAUCGAUUCUCAUACUGGCACGAAAACAGAGAAUAUUGAGGCAAUUCGACAGAUAAUUGAAGCAUUAGUAUCAAUGCAAUCUAUCACACAAUAUGGAUCAGAUCAAAAAUUUGAAUUACGAAGUAAAAUGGAAUUAAAACAUGUGUGGAGUUUUUCAUUUUUUCACUGGUUAAUGAAAACGAACCGUUAUCAUUUUUCUAUAAUUCCUCCACAAUAUUUAUUUCAAGCGAUAAACACAAAACAUCAAUACUUUAUUCGUCAUGAAAAUUUAGAAAAAGAUAAACGUUUUCGUGAAUUAAGAAAUAAUCAUGGUACAAUAUUCGCUUUUCACGGCAGUCCUCAAGAAAAUUGGCACAGUAUAUUACGUUUUGGAUUACAAAUAGGAAAUGCACAAAAUGGAACAUUGUUACAUGGUGCUGCCUAUGGUCCCGGAAUCUAUUGUUCGCCCAAUUUUGCCGUUGCAGCGGGCUAUUGUAGCCGAAUGAAUUAUUAUUCUUUAUCGGGAGGAUCCACUUCUGAUCCAGUAGCUGACGUUGAAACACCAUUGAGUACAAAAAAUUGGAGUUGUAUUGCAUUAUGUGAAAUUAUUGAUGCUCCUGAUGUUUAUAAAAAUCAUCACAAUGAUAUUUAUACAGUAGCUAAUCCGGAUAUGAUUUGUACACGUUUUAUUUUCUUUUUUCCUUCUUAUACAUCUCGAUUACAAGUACGUGUUGAUCAAGCAUCAGAAGUGACAAUAAUACGAAAUUUAAUUCGAACAUUAAACGCACUGGCUUCUUAA